CUGCUUCUCUCGACCUCUGCAGCACUUGCGAGCUCGAAUACGGUCUAUUGACCACUCUAGUCUGGUGAAUCCCAGUUGAUCUUGCGUUCCACCUUUUCGCUUCAGCUCUCAGACUCGCUUCCAGUAAUUUUUCGAGCAAACAGAAACCAUGGAGCCUUAUGACGACGGUUUCAUUGAGGAGCAGGAAGAGCAGGAAGAAGAGAGAACGGAGGAGAAGAUCAUCAACGAAGAGUACAAAACAUGGAAGAAAAAUGCGCCCUUCCUCUAUGACAUGAUCCUCAGCACAGCUCUCGAGUGGCCGACUCUCACAACGCAAUGGCUACCUGAUAAGCAACAGGUUCCGGACAAGCCAUAUUCCACGCACCGUCUCUUGAUAGGAACGCACACCUCGAGCGAUGCGCAAAACUACUUACAAAUCGCGCACGUCCAGCUGCCCAACCCAAGCGCUCCUGAUGCAGAAGAUUACGAUGAAGAGCGCGGGGAGAUUGGCGGUUAUGGUGGCAGCUCGAAGAAGCCUCCGAUGGAGAUCAAAUUCAACAUUGUGCAAAAGAUUGACCACAAGGGCGAGGUCAACAAGGCGCGCUAUCAACCACAGAACCCUAACAUCAUUGCCACGAUGUGUACGGAUGGAAGAGUCAUGAUCUGGGACCGUUCGAAGCACCCCAGUCUGCCAACGGGCACCGUCAACCCACAGCUGGAAUUGCUAGGGCACACGCGAGAAGGCUUUGGCCUGAGCUGGAGCCCGCAUACUGCCGGACAUCUCGCGACUGGAAGUGAGGACAAGACUGUCCGUCUAUGGGACCUGAACACAUACACGAAAGGCAACAAAGCUCUGAAGCCCGCCCGAACAUAUACCCAUCACUCGUCUAUUGUCAAUGACGUCCAAUACCACCCACUGCACUCUUCUCUUAUUGGUACCGUUUCCGACGAUAUCACGCUACAGAUUCUCGACAUCCGAGAGCCUGACACGACUCGUGCCGCUGCCAUGGCUGAAGGCCAGCACCGUGAUGCCAUUAAUGCUAUUGCAUUCAACCCAGCUGCAGAGACCGUUUUGGCAACCGGAUCCGCAGACAAGUCUAUUGGCUUGUGGGACCUGCGCAACCUCAAGUCAAAACUGCAUGCGCUCGAGUGCCACACCGAAUCAGUCACGUCUUUGUCCUGGCAUCCAUUUGAGGAGUCCGUCCUGGCCAGUGCCAGCUAUGACCGGAAGAUCAUGUUCUGGGACCUCAGCCGGGCUGGUGAAGAGCAGACUCCCGAGGAUGCGCAGGAUGGACCGCCUGAAUUGCUCUUCAUGCACGGUGGUCACACCAACCGCAUUUCCGACUUCAGCUGGAACCUCAAUGACCCUUGGGUUCUUUGCUCUGCAGCGGAGGACAAUUUGCUUCAGGUGUGGAAGGUCUCGGAUGCUAUUGUGGGCAAGGACCUGGAGGACGUUCCCACUGAGGAACUGGAAGCUUAAGUAACCUUGUUGACAAACCAAAAUACAACGGGAGUAUCCGAACACUCCUGCGACGUCGAUAUCACCGCACGCGCCAUAUAUGGCGCAGUAAAGAAAAAAGGGGGGCCAUACAAUCAGCACUCCAAAGAGAGAAGCUGUGCGGUUUCUCGUCCCGUGUCCAUCUAUCCGUCACUACCAGCAUCAUUGCUCCUAUUUCUCUCCCUUCUCUGGCAUAAUCUGUUUUCCGGGAAUCCGUGAGAAAUCGGGGAUAUCAAUAUUGCGCAUGAGAGUCCUACCCGUCCUCUAUUGAACUUCUGUGAUCUUUUCGCUUUUUGAUCGAUGUAUGUAUGACUGACUGAAUUAUCUGCGGCUCUUAUUUAGCAUUACUAGUCAGGUCCGGGGAAUAGGUAUCUGAUUCGACUGAAUAAACUAUGGAACGAGUGACUUUAAAA